GAUUUUGCCAGACAAGCUAGCUAGAAUAUUGUUUCUGAUUUUCCAGAAAUGGCUCGUCCUAUGUUGUUGUUGUCAUCAUUUGCUUUAGCCCUUUUGGCUUAUUCUUCACUGGCCUCCGCCCAUAUCGUGGAGCAUUCUUUUCAUGUGCAAAAUUUAACUAUCAGCCCGCUGUGCCAGCAACAAGUCGUCACCGCAGUGAAUGGUACUCUUCCCGGCCCAAUUAUAGAAGUUCAUGAGGGUGACAGACUGAUUGUUCAUGUCUUCAAUAAAUCUCCCUACAACCUUACCAUUCAUUGGCACGGAAUUUUCCAGCUACGAAGUGGAUGGUCCGAUGGGCCUGUUUAUGUGACACAGUGCCCGAUACGUCCUGGAAAUAACUACACGUACAACUUCACCAUCACCGAACAAGAAGGGACCCUCUGGUGGCAUGCUCAUGUCCAAACGCUCCGAGAAACUGUAUAUGGGGCGCUAAUCAUCCGCCCGAGAAAGGGUCACUCGUACCCAUUCCCAAAACCCCACAGAGAAUUCCCAAUUCUUUUGGGAGAGUGGUGGAAUGCUAAUAUUAUUGACGUCGAGAAUCAAGCACUAGCCGUCGGGGGUGCGCCUAACAAUUCCAAUGCUUUCACCAUCAACGGUCGGCCUGGUGAUUUGUAUAAUUGCUCAGAUGGAACACAUAAGAUCAAGGUUGUACAAGGAAAAACAUAUCUCCUGCGUAUCAUCAAUGCUGCACUCAAUACCCAACUCUUCUUCAAGAUAGCCAACCACACAAUGAAAGUCGUCGCCGUCGAUGCCAGUUACACCAAUCCAAUGGUCACCGACGUCAUCGUCAUAGCUCCCGGCCAGACCGUCGAUGCACUGCUCACUGCCGACCAACCGAUAGCCUCCUAUUACAUGGCGGCACAUCCCUACGCCAGCGCUGCCGGUGUGCCGUUCGAUAACACAACCACCACCGGAAUCAUUACGUAUGAAAAUGCCAUAUCGUCGACCCCACUGAUGCCGACCCUGCCCGCCAACAACGACACUCCGACGGCCUUCAAAUUCUAUUCCAACCUGACGAGCCUUGUGAAUGGUCCUUUCUGGGCUCCGGUCCCGCUCAAAAUCGACAAGCACAUGUUUGUGACGGAAGGCUUGGGCCUUGUCCCUUGUGGAGCGAACCAGACUUGUGAGGGCCCUUUAGGUCUCAUAUUUGCUGCGAGCAUGAACAACGCAUCUUUCGUGCUCCCUACCAAGUUAUCUAUGUUACAAGCAUUUUUCUCUAAUAAUGCUACCGGGAUAUACACCACCGAUUUUCCUAAAAAUCCGCCGUUGGUGUUUAACUACACGGAUUCAAGCAACGCGUUCAACACAUCGCUCGUGAUCACGUCGAAGUCAACAAAGGUUACGAAAUUGAAGUAUAAUUCUACGGUUCAGAUUGUGUUCCAGAACACGGCAUUGGUGGGGAUAGAGAACCACCCGAUACAUUUGCACGGGUUUAACUUUUAUGUCUUGGCCCAAGGGUUUGGCAAUUACGAUGCUGUAAAUGGGCCAAAAAAGUUCAAUCUCGUCAAUCCACAAAAACGCAAUACGAUCGGAGUGCCUGUUGGAGGUUGGGCCGUCAUUAGAUUUACAGCAAAUAAUCCAGGUGUCUGGUUUAUGCAUUGUCACUUGGAUGCACACUUAGCGGUGGGCUUGGGGACUGCUUUUGUUGUUGAGAACGGGCCCACGGCAUGUACUUCUUUGCCUCCUCCACCACCUGAUCUACCCCAUUGUUAAGAUCUUCAUUGUGUACUAUAUAUCAGCUGUUGUUUUUGUCGUCUUUUCCUACGAUUGCUAUAUAUAUAUAUGAUUGCUAAUAAGUUCAUUUAAUUUAAUUUUAAUUGUAUUCUUCCUAUUGGUUGGUACAGCAACCUUGGAGUUCAUAUAUUUAUGUUCUUUUGAAUUUGAUGAUGUUAUAAGUCCACAUUCCUUGGGGAAAAUUAAUAUUUAUGAAUUUUUAGAUCCUCAA